AUGGUGGCAAAGCAAGCUGUGGUAGCAAAAGCGGUGGUGUCACGGAAUGAGAUGGUAGAACAGCAGACGAUGGUGAUGCAGCAGCAGUGUGGGUCUCCUUCAUCAAAAGGAAAACAAGAGAGGGACGAAGAGGCACCAGUGGCAGGGUACCAUGCGGGUUUAUCAAACUCAUCUUGGUGCGCAAUGCCUGUGGAUGUGCAGAGCAGUGAUGUGGCAAGCCUAGCACCAGCUGUAGGUGCAACGAUGCCUGUGGUUUCGGCGGAGGAAGACGCAUCAAUAGUGGCAAAGGUGGCAAAAACAGGAGCAUCAGAGGCAUCAGCAGUCGAAGCAGUACCAAUGGAGGUAGAAGGAGCAGGAGCAGCAGUGGGAGCAGAUAGGGAAGGCAGCAGCUCAGCAGACAAGCAGCAGAAAGGCAGCAGACAAGCAGGGGUGUUGUUGAAGGGCCCGUUCUGCCCAGAGAACUUGCCAUCUUUCAAGCACUAUCUGUCUGAAUUAAAACCACCUGUAAGCGGCAGGAGUGAUGGUGGUGUGGAUGGCGGGGAUGGAAUGGGAGAGCAGCAGCAAACGGAAGAGGAGCAGCAGAUGCGAAAGGAGCAGAAGAAGCGGGAAAUGGCGAAAAAACUGGACUGGAGGGUAUAA